CGAAUACGCUUCGAAGAGCUUACAAAAUUCACCCAAUCGCUGCUGUUCAGGUAGAAUAUAGUCCGUGGUCUCUUGACAUUGAAGAAAAUGGACUUAAAAAAGCUUGUGAAGAACUUGGUGUUACAAUUGUCGCAUAUUGUCCAUUGGGGCAAGAUUUUGAGCCUAGUGAUUUUCGCAGAACACAACCUCGUUUUGUAGGAGAAAAUUUUGCAAAAAAUUUAGAACUCGUAAAAGAAAUUGAAAAGUUGGCCAAAAAGAAAGGUAUUUCUGCUAGUCAACUUUGUUUGGCAUGGGUUUUAGCUCAGGGUGAAAACAUUGUUGCAAUUCCUGGUACUAAAAAAGUGAAAUAUUUGGAGGAAAAUAUUCAAGCUGCUAAUGUUAAAUUAACCUCUGAAGAAUUAGCCGAAUUUCGAAAAAUUAUUGAUUCUAUUAAGAUUGCUGGAGGUCGAGAUCAUGAAGGUGCAUUAAAG